GGUAACGGCCGCGUCACUAUGACCUCACCAACAUGGCGGUGCCUGUAAGCAGCUCUAGCUGGUUUGUUUCCGUGUCUAGAAAAGUGGGAAGUUAUCUAUUUAAUGCAGCUUUCAUCAGCCAGGCUGCAACUAGCGGUAACAAGAUGGACUCAGCGCGGCCAACCAAGCUGGAGUUUGCAGUGCAGAUGACAUGUGAGAGCUGCGCAGUUCAAGUCAGAGCUGCUCUGGAGGGUAAACCAGGAGUGACGUCUGUCAGCGUCGACGUCGGUAAGGAGGAGGUGCUGGUGGAGUCGACUCUGACCAGCGCGGAGGUGCAUGCUCUGAUAGAGAGCACUGGACGCAGGGCCGUGCUGAAAGGCAUCGGAGGAUCACAGCAAGACCUGGGUUCAGCUGUGGCCAUGCUUGCUGGUGUGGGGAAGAUCCAGGGGGUGGUGCGCUUCCUGCAGCUGUCAGAGGAGCGUUGCUUGAUUGAUGGAACCAUCGAUGGGCUGGAGCCUGGACCCCACGGCCUUCACGUCCACACCCUGGGGGACCUGACACUGGACUGCCUCAGUUGUGGAGAUCACUAUAACCCCUUUGGAAGACAACACGGCGGUCCAGGGGACUCUGAGAGGCAUGUAGGUGAUCUGGGAAAUAUAGUCGCUGGACCAGAUGGCAGAGCCUCAUUUAGACAAGAGGACAGUCAGCUAAAGGUAUGGGAUGUGAUUGGCCGAUCGCUGGUGGUGGAUGCAGACGAGGACGACCUGGGUCAAGGCGAUCACCCUCUCUCCAUACGGACUGGGAACUCUGGGGAAAGACUGGCCUGUGGGAUCAUCGCCCGAUCAGCAGGUCUUUUCCAAAACCCCAAACAGAUUUGUGCCUGUGACGGGGUCACGCUGUGGGAGGAGAGAGACCGGCCGAUAGCUGGGAAAGGUCGAAGCAAGGCCAACAACACAGAGACACCGGCGGCACACCUCUGAACCUUGGGCACAAACACCAGCCACGUCUGUAACCUGCGUCGGGCUGUUUGAACAGAAAGGGCACAUUGGAGAGAAAAUGCAGAGGACGUUUGUCGACAGAGGGUCAGAGCACUGAAAUAUAUGUUUGCAUACAGCUUGACAGAUGACCAAAAAAACAAUGGCCUUCUUGAUUUUCUUUUUUUUCUCUGUGAUAAAAUCAAAUCCUCUUGCAGUUACUGUCCUCUGAGGAUUUUAGAAGCACUAAAGCAGAUUAAAACCAGCCUGGGACUUUGUGAAAGUCACCUUUGAUUAGCUAGAUGUCCGUUAACGCUGUUAUAUGUUUGUAUAACCAUUCGCCUCUGACACAAUUGUCCCAUCACUGCCUAAAUUGAUGUACUGGCUGUUUGGGAUAAAUGAACUACAGUUUGGCAUUAAAGUGUUUAAGUUAAUUAUG